UGUUUACAUAUCCGGUUGCGGCAUCAUCAGUUAUACGGUUGUGCAGCGUGAAGCGAAUAUCGUUUUUGUGGUUCUUGUUCAAUCCGUUUUAUUCACCAGUUUUGGUCAGUUCCGUGAAAAAUAAGCAAAAUCACCGUAACUUCCGAGUGCAAUGAGUAAUCGUGGUGGCAAUCGUCGUGGUGGUAAUUUCCACAAAGGUGGCAGCGGCGGCAAUCGUCACGGCGGUGGUAAAUGGGGCGGUGCUAAAAAUUCGGAUGUGGCGGUCGAUGAAAACAAUCCGAUUGUGCAGUGCUUCCGGGAGUACGCCCGGGAACUUGAUACCAAGCAUGAUCGCUACGAACGCAUCGUCAAGUGCAGCCGGGACAUUACCAUCGAGAGCAAGCGAAUCAUAUUUUUGCUGCACACGGUUGAUUCCAAGAAAAACAAUCAAUCGAAAGUAUGCAAGGAAGCAAAAAAUCGCUUACAGAAUCUUUGCCAAAACCAGUUUGCUACAAUUGCCAAGGAGCUGAACGGUCAAGACCCUUAUCAAUAUCUGCGUGCCUAUACUGGCGGAUUGCAGGAGUUCGUUGAGGCUUACACUUUCUGUGAGUACGUCAGCUCCAGCGACAUUUCUCACUGGAGCGCGAUCCAGGAUCAGCUAAAGUAUAAGCUCGAUCUGAUCGACCGCGAACAAUCGACGGUUUCGUCCGAAGAGACGACACUGGAUGCUGCCUCAGAUACGACAUCGGAUGCUGCUUCAGAUACGCCACCGGAAAGUAAAUCAGAGGAAGUCGAAAUCGUCUGUCUGUUACCACCAAUGGAGUUUGUGCUCGGAAUAGGAGAUCUUACCGGAGAAGUUAUGCGAAAAUGCAUUAAUUCUCUCGGUUCCGGUGAUGUGGAUAGCUGCUUCGAUCAUCGCCGGUUCAUGCAGGAAUUGUACAAGGGAUUCAUCUCGGUUAGCAAUGCGAAGAAUCGUGAUUUUUCGCAGAAAUUGUACACCUUGCGGCAAAGCUUGUUGAAAAGCGAGAACGUUUGCUAUAAUGUGAAGGUUCGUGGUGGUGAAGCUGCCAAGUGGGGUAGUACUGACGAAGCCGGAUACGCUGCCAUGGGUAAGGGCUAUUUGGAUGAGGACGAAGGAGUUUUCUUUUAAUAGUGGUAAGUAUUGAACACCACCUUUGUCUUUCAUGACGUUAUACUUGAGAAAAAAUAAAUUACGUGAAGGUAAAAUGAUUAAACAGAA